AUGGAGUACUUGGUGAAGGUUGGAGAAGCAGAGAGCAGCAGCAGGGGGCCUGUUUACAGAAGCAUUUACGCCAAAGAUGGACUCUUGGAAGUUCCUGCUCACCUCCAUUCCCCUUGGCAAUUCUUCAGUGAUUCAGUGGCUAAGUACCCCGACAAUCACAUGCUGGGAAGCCGCCAGGUCAUUGAUUCCAAGGCAGGAUCAUAUGCAUGGCUCACUUACAAGCAAGUUUAUGAUUCUGCUCUGAGAAUUGGUUCUGCAAUGAGGAGCCUUGGUGUCAACCCUGGUGAUCGGUGCGGUAUCUAUGGUUCCAACUCUGCUCAAUGGAUAACUGCAAUGGAGGCUUGUAACAGCCAGGCUGUGACUUAUGUCCCUCUCUAUGACACCCUUGGUGCCAAUGCUGUGGAGUUCAUCAUCAACCAUGCUGAAGUGUCCAUGGCCUUUGUUCAAGAGAACAAACUCCCUGCUGUUUUGUCCUGCCUCUCGAACUGCUGUUCGAACCUGAAAACCAUCAUCAGCUUUGGAGACAUCUCUGCCGUGCAGAAGAAGGAAGCCGAGGAGCUAGGAGUGUCUUGUUACUCGUGGGAAGAAUUUUCCCAGCUGGGGAGUUUGGAUUCCGAGCUAACUCCGAAACAGAAGACCGACAUCUGCACCAUAAUGUACACCAGUGGGACAACUGGAGAGCCUAAAGGAGUUAUCAUCACAAAUGGUGCUCUCAUGGCUGAAGUUCUUUCUGUUGAUCAUUUGCUCUCCCAGACUGACAGAGUGCUUGAUGAGGAAGAUUCAUACUUCUCUUUCUUACCUUUGGCUCACAUCUAUGACCAAGUGAUGGCGAACUACUGCAUUCACAAAGGUGCAUCCAUAGGAUUCUGGCAAGGGGAUGUGAGAUUCUUGAUGGAGGAUCUUCAGGAGUUGAAGCCAACCAUGCUUUGUGGGGUUCCUAGAGUUUACGAGCGCAUUUACAGUGGUACAAUGAGCAAGGUCUCAUCAUCAGGAGCACUAAGGAAAAAGCUCUUCGAUUUCGCGUAUUCUUACAAGCUCGGAAACCUUGAGAAGGGGUUUGCACAAGCGAAAGCUGCACCAUUCUUCGACAAGCUCAUCUUCGAAAAGACUAAGCAAGCAUUGGGAGGCCGAGUUAGAAUUCUCUUAUCUGGAGCUGCACCUUUGCCUCGCCAUGUCGAAGACUUCCUAAGAGUCAUAUCCUGCUCCACAUUAUCACAAGGCUACGGACUCACCGAAAGCUGUGGUGGAAGCUUCACCUCGAUUGGCGACAUAUACCCGAUGGUGGGCACCGUGGGCGUCCCCAUGACCACCAUCGAAGCCCGGCUAGAAUCUGUCCCCGAAAUGGGCUACGAUGCACUGGCCAGCGUGCCACGUGGCGAGAUUUGCCUCCGAGGGAACACAUUGUUCUCUGGCUAUCACAAGCGUGAAGAUCUCACGAGAGAGGUCCUCGUCGACGGCUGGUUCCACACUGGCGACAUUGGAGAGUUGCAGCCCAAUGGAGCCAUGAAGAUCAUUGACAGGAAGAAGAACAUCUUUAAGCUGUCUCAGGGAGAGUAUGUCGCCGUGGAGAAUCUAGAGAACACUUACUCCCGAUGCCCUCUUGUCGCUUCGAUUUGGGUGUACGGCAAUAGUUUCGAGUCGUUUCUUGUGGCUGUUGUCGUGCCUGACAAGCAAGCGAUCGAGGAGUGGGCGAAGCAGCAUAAUGUGGAGGGGGAUUAUAAGGCCUUGUGCGAGGAUAAGAAUGCCAGGAAUUAUGUUCUGGAUGAGCUGAAUAGCACUGGAAAGAAGCAUCAACUGAAAGGGUUUGAGUUGUUGAAAGGAGUUCACCUGGAGCCAGUUCCAUUUGGUAUGGAGAGGGAUCUUGUGACUCCAACGUUUAAGCUAAAGAGGCCUCAGCUGCUGAAAUACUACAAGGAAUGCAUUGAUCAACUCUAUAGUGAAGCAAAAGAGUGAGUUGGGACUGAAAGUUGUCUGAUUGAACUUCUACUAUUAUGUAAAGGCUACUAGACAUUCGUUGUCGCGAGAGCUAUAUUGUUGUUCAGUAUUCAUACACAGAUAAAGAUUGACUGCAAAAUCAUGAACAGAUUCAAUUGGCAUUCUGAUCUUCCUACACUCAAUUGAAUACAUAUGGAAGAAUAUCACAGCACAUUGCUUGGCCUUUUCUAAUUUGUGCUUGCAUGAUUGCAUCUCAAACUGUAGGA